GGACUUCACUCAGAAGAGAGCCACUGCAUAUGAUGUAAAAGGCUGGGUGAAGAACACACAUUGUGGAAGGGUUUGUGCUGUCCCUCUUUACUACAUGACUGACACUUUUCCCUUUCUGUCCAUGAAUCUUCUUUCAUGUUGAUAUCGGGUAAAUUACUUAUAUUAAUACCAUGCAGGUAGAAGGUGAAGCCCAAGGAACCGAAGAGUCUCUACAGAAGUUCCUCAAAGACAUCAACAAUGGACCCCGCCAUGCACAUGUCGUCAAGCUAGAGAAGAAGGAAAUCGCACCCAAGGAUGGAGAGGUAGAAUUCGGGUUUAUGAAGACUUCGGAGUCGGGGUAUGAGGCCAUGCAGUGAUAUACUAUCUUUCCAAAUACAUUCCUUUCCGUUAAUAGUGUACCGCUGCAAAACAAAAUCUUGUUUGUCCUUCUGACAUGAACUACUACUAGUAGAUGAUAAUGUAAUAUUGAUCCUAGCCUUUCCAACAACCCUCGUAUUGAAAAGUCAUCUGAAAGCCAAGCCAGCAUCUUCAGAAUCAAUGACAACAUCAAACGGAAAAUGCAGGAGCAACAACAAAUAGUCUGUUU